AUGACAUCUGGAUAUGGCCCAGCAAGCACAGGAGAGAAGCUCUUCAUGCUGGUCACCCCCUUUGCUACGCCGUUUUCCUUGGUGAAGGUGGAAGAAGAUGAGAGGAGCCCCUUGUUACCAGAGGCACGCCGACUGGGCAAGCUGCUUUCUUCACCCAAUGUCCCUGGCCCCCCGUUCUCUCUCGCUGGAGACCCAGACACUGGAUUGCCAGAGAAGCACCCAGGACAAUGGGAUCUUCUAUCGCCUCCUGGCCACAACCUGGAUUCCUGCAGCUAUUGCAUUAAGUACCUGACCUUCCUCUGGAACCUCUUGUUCUCUGUGCUGGGUUUGCUGAUCUUGGCCUUUGGGAUCUGGGGGCUCCUGGACAAGGAGUCCCUGGUAAGUGAGCGUAUAGCCCACCUGGGCUCUGACCCCAUGCUUUUCUUUGUCCUGGUGGGUCUGGCCAUCAGCACCAUCUCUCUGGCAGGCUGCAUGGGAGCCCUCUAUGAAAACACCUGCCUGCUGAAGUUCUUUACUGGGGGAGUCAUCACUUUCGUCAUUUUGGAGAUUCUCGGCGGGCUCGUACUGUAUUCUCUGAGACACCAGAUCAAGGGCUCCCUGCAGAACACCAUGCUGGUGGCUGUCCUAAGGUACCAGGAUGACCCAGAUCUGAGAUUCAUCAUGGACGAAGUUCAGAUGGGCUUGCAAUGCUGCGGCGUGGAGUCCUACCAGGACUGGAAAAUGAACAUGUAUUUUAACUGCAGCUCCCCCGGUGUGCAAGCCUGCGGCGUUCCCGCUUCCUGCUGUCUGAAUCCCCUGGAGAACGGCACCAUCACAAACUCCCAGUGUGGCUUUGGAGCCCUCGGCAUGGAGGAGUUUGUGGCUCAAAGUAUCAUCGCCCUCGGCGGCUGCGCGCCCCAGCUGAGCCGGUGGCUUCACGGCCACGGGGGGGUGCUGAGUGCCUGCUUUGUGUUUCUGAUCCUGGUUGAAGUUGGAGGCUUCUUAUUGGCAACCAAGUUACUGGCAGACCUGGCACUUGCCAGAGCGCGAGGGUGGCAGCCAGGGGCUUGGUGACUCGCCGCCCGUGGCUGGAGGUCAGCGCUGGAUCCUGGGGUGGAGCUUCAAGCCGAUGUGAUAGAAACGGGGGCUCCGAACCGCUGUCCAGCAGGCAAGAUGGACGGGCUGGGCUCGCUGCUGAGCUCGGGGUCUCUGAGGCCUUGCGCUGUGGGAAAGGCUGUUUGGUAGAAGUUCUGGUGUGAAUCUGAGCCGGGUUGGUUGUCUCGGCGUGACCCCCCUCAGUGGACACGCUGAUUCCAGUGUGAAACGGCGCUAUCGUUCCAGCUGGUGUCCCGUGAAAAGGGGGUGGAACCACGCCAAGAAAAGCCCCUCGUGCACUGGCAAGAGGGCCGCUGGUGGGAAAGGGGGUUAGUUCUGGGACUAGUCUGGCCCAGGCAGGGAACUCCACUGGCCCCACUGAGCCUGCUUCGGCGGCUCCCUGGCCUGCGGGAGAUCAGAGUUGAUCUCUCCGUGCCUGGCUGGAGCAGCAGGGCGUGCGCAGGAGAAACAGCCCACCUGCACCUGACUGCUGCUAGGAGACCCUCUCAUAGAUUCAUAGAUUCUAGGACUGGAAGGGACCUCGAGAGG